AUGGGGUCCCCCAACCCCCUCGUUAGGCUUCACAGCCGACAGCAGGAGAGGAUUUUCCUGGAAGGCUUACUGCUAGAAUCUCUAGCGGUUCCAGGCGACCUGCAGCUUCCCCCGAGUCAGAGGGCCCAGUUCGCCUUCAGAAAGCAAAGAAAACAAAAACUCAAGGAGCAUCUGUUAAAAAGAAAAACUCUUUUUGCAUACAAACAGGAAAAUCAGAAAUUCUCCAGUAGAAAUGAGGGAAUGAUGGCAUCUGAGGGUCUGGUCCAAGAAGAGACUAAAGUUCUGAAACUUAAGACAAAAAUGGCUGAUAAAGAAAAUGUCCAUAGACCUACAAGGAGCAAAAAUAAUGUAACAAUGGGAAAAAAUUGUAUUCCGUUAAAACCUUCUAAUGAAUUAACCAAUUCAACUAUAGCCACUGAUAUAUAUAACUUGGAGAAUAAUCAAACUCUGCAGUUGUUACCAAUUACAAAUGAUCGCCAAGGUCAACGUAUGACAUUAAGCCAAGCGUUUCACAUUAAAAACAAUAAUAAAAAGAAACAGGUGACUACAGAAAAACCAAAGCAAGAUGCUAACGUGCUCAAGAAACCUGUGCUUGGAUCUUAUUGUGGCCAAAUUGUUCAAUCUAAGGUUAAUUCGUUUAGAAAACCUGUACAAGUCAAAGAUGAGCAUUCUGCAAUAACAAAGAAACUUUCAACUCCUAUCUCUAAGGCCACAAAACCUCAGCCUAUAAACACAAGCAGUGUAACAGCAAAAAGUCACAGAGCCUCAAAUAUGAUGACUACGACUAAAUUUGUGAGGGCUACAUCUCAGAAUGAACAACUUUUAUGUCCUCCUAUUAGAAGUCACCACAGUAAUACUCAUAAUACCCAGGACUCCCUGAAACAAGGCAUUGCCAAUGAUAUUCGGAAAGGGUCUCAUGAGAAAGAAUUACUACAAUUAAAUACAGUUUUAUCUAGUGUCAAAACCAUUUCUUCUCAGGAAGUAAAAAGAAAUAAGACAGUAUCAAGAAGCAUCACAUCUGAAAUGAUAGCCAGGCCUGCUUCAUCUUCUAAUAUCAAACAGAUAGAAAAGUCAAAAACCAUUGACCAGUGCAGGCAUACUAUAGCAAAAGCAACUAUCAAUAGAAGGGCUCAGCCCAAAGAAACCGUAGAAGAAAGAAAAGCUCGGUUUUGCCUUCUCAGUCUGAGUGAGGGGAGAGCUAGCAAAGGAAAAAUGUUGAAAAGGCCUCCUAGCUCAGUAAUAACCCAGCCUGAACCUGAAGGACAGAAUGAAAAACCAGUUGGGUCAUUUUGGACUACUCUGGCAGAAGAAGAACAAAGAUUAUUUACUGAAAAAGUAAAGACAUUUUCUGAAUGCCUAAACCUGAUUAAUGAGGGAUGCCCCAAAGAAGAAGUAUUAAACACACUGAAUGACCUGAUUAAAAAUAUUCCAGAUGCCAAAAAACUUGUUAAGUAUUGGAUAUGCCUUGCACGUGUUGAACCACUCACAAGUUCUAUUGAAAAUAUUAUCUCAAUCUUUGAGAAGGCCAUUCUGGCAGGAGCUCAGCCUAUUGAAGAAAUGCGACAUGCAAUUGCAGAUAUUCUAACAAUGAAGAGUCAAGAAAAAGUUAAAUUUGGAGAGAAUCUUGAGGAGGCUUGUGCAACCAAGGAAAAAAUCCAAGAAGUCAACAUUGAAGAUAUUGGUGUUAAUCUAGAGUCAGAAAAACCUGAAAUGGAAAAUAAACAUCAUAGAAAUGUGGUAUUUCAAGAUUGUAAAAAAGAGCAAGUACACAAAACAAAAGAUCCAACCAAUGAUGUUAAAACCCCCAACAAAGAAACUAGGGAGGGUUGCUUAAUUAAAUAUAAUGUGUCUACUACACCAUGCCUUAGACUUCGCCUGUUCUUGGCAUUGUACUAGUAACAUCAGCACAUACCCAAGAGGGGUCUAGAAGGGUCAAAGCACUGAAAUGUCCUUUGAAAUCUGCCCAGGGCCAGUUUUUAGGAGUAUCUGGACCUUAGUCAGCCAGAAUUUUCUAGGGAAGCAAUAGAGUUAGGUUUACAUUCUGGGAGGUCCAUCCUGUUCUAGGGAGCAGAGCGGGGGAGGGAGGUAGCAGUCAGUGGCUUUUUAUCUUCCUUUGAGCUCUGUAGAUUUCUGCUGGUUUGGGCUAAGAAGAAUAUGCUGGAGGAUAUGCACUCCUUAUCCUCAUCUUUAAGCCAAGAGAAAGAUCUAUCACAGUGCUGAGGUACCUUUUAAGUGCUUCUAAGACAGCUUUAACACAGCUCUGGGCUGGGACAGAAAGCCUCAGAGAAACCAUAAAACACAAUCCAUAGGGCACCAUUACAUUGUCUUGUUCUGGGAAUUCCGCCUUCAGACAAAACCACACCUCAUGAAUACAUAAGCAAGCACUUUCUGAGCCAGCUAACAAAGGCUGCGCUCCGAGCGUGAGCCUCAUUCUGGGGAAGAUGGAGAAGUGGCCGAGCCAACCAGGCAAGUGCUUCACCUCUGUGUGACAGUGUGAGAGGGGAGAGCCCACAGUGGAAAACAGAUCUUGUUUGUAAUGGUCUCAUCUGAAAAG